UUCGUUUGGGCUCUUGGCUUGCUGGUGCGGCCUAAGCGCUUAAGCGCCCCAUGCAAUCUUGUGCGUCUCGAGACGAACAGCGGUUUUCUUGGCCUUACUCCGAGCUGAAAAUUUAUUCCUGGCUGUAGACACCGCUCAUACGCGCGAGAUGUAUUCACUCCAUAUCAACAUGUCCUUUAUAUACGUCUCCAUGUCCACACCCUUGCGAUCCUGGAUAGAAUGUAGAAAUAUCGAAGAUCCCCGCAAUCACCAAUAGCGAAAAACCAACACACAAAACGACACGAUGGUGUCAUCAGCAAAGCUUCUGCUGGCUCUUGCCAGCUUCAUUUACACGGCACAGGCUCAGGCUCAGGCAAACGACAAGCCCACUAAAGCCUCCAUCGAGCCCAGCAUGGACGGCAAAAGGGUCUCGGAGCGGCUGAACGUGAUGCUGAACACGACGCAGUACACGAUCGAACCCUGGAAGGAUAACAACUACAUCGCCGCGGACUGCGCGAGGAUAGCCAAGGAGAAAAGCAUAUCGCCCAGCGACUUUGACGUCUUUUACGUCAGGUAUAGCGACUGCGGUGAGCCGUGGGUGUUUUGCCGCGAGAGGAAGAGCAAGGCGACCGACAAGGACCUCGCCGACAGCUUCGGCAAGAUGCCCGUGCGGAGCAGGUCGUUUGUCCGCCACGUCAUCGGCCUCGCCGGCAGGCCCGACAUCAAGUUCGCCGGGCUCUGGACCGGUCCAGGCAGCGACAUCAUCGUGGUGGACAAGCCCGAGAUCAAGGUCAUGGUGCACGAGCUGAUGCACGCCGUCGACCACAUGGCCAUGGGGGCGCACACGGGCGGCACCAUGAAGCCGCUCAGCGGGACCGCCCUCUGGCGCGGCGAGUGGGCCAAGGACCCCAAGACGGUCACGCCCUACGCCAGCAACGGCUGGAGCGACAACUUCGCCGAGGUCGGCGUCUACGCCCUCUACGACCGGACCGUCCCCGGCGGCCUCGCCGCCAUCCAGCCCAGCUUCGCCGACGUCCAGAACCAGAUCCGCACCCUCCAGAAGUACGCCGGUCAGACUAUCGUCCCCGGCGGCACCUGCUCGGCGCGCAUCCAGCCCAGCAAGGCCGUGCUCAAGAGCGCCGCCGCCAGCAGGCGGAAGCGCGGCCUCAAGCCAGACCUGAGCUUCCAUGAUCCCGGCAUUUCGGUCAUCAAGGUUGACGAUGCUGCGAAAUGGGUCGAGAUUUCUGCCGCACAUGACCAUGCGCAUUGAAAGGCGAGGGAAGGUUUUGGAGAGAUGGGAUGGUGAGAUUUUACUUCGCUUCUUGGACAAUAUUGUUUCCUUCUUGUUUUAACUGUCGGCGUUAUGUAUUCCCCUUGUUUCACUGUCACGAAUUGGCGCGAUAUACCCUUAUAAAUGAUCUUUUACCUCUUCUCUACGAUGCACGACACGUUGCGCCUCAGGGCUUG